AUGUCGGAUAGAAGUCCACUCGAUGAUUCGCAUGUUUCCUUUGAUCAUCAACAACAAUUAUCACCAACAGUGACAACACCAACCAAACAGAAAUCGAUUGAUUUAUACGAAAAUGGAUCAGCGAAAUCGUUGGAUCCAUUCGGUAAUCAUAAUGGCAACAAUAUGAACACAGAAGAAUAUCAUACAAGCAAUGGAACCAAUAAAGAUGAACAUCAUAAUGGUUCUAAUGGUACUCAACACGAUGAACAUCACGAAUAUUCUUUAAAUAAUGAUCUCUUUCCGGUGGAUACGAAUGAAAAUUUACCGUCGCAUGAUUAUCAGCCACAGCAUUAUGAAUUUUCAACACGAAAAAAUGAAGAAUCAGCUGAUUCACCGUUAAAUUUUCAUUCGAAUGUUAAUGGUGGUCUAUUAGAUAGAAAUUCACUUCUGUUAGAUUUCGAUCCAAAUGCGCCCGCUGUCAAUCGUGCUCAUACAGAUAUUUUAUCACCACAGCGUCAAAAUGAUGAGCACUAUCAUGGACAUACAGAUAAACAUGAUGAUGAAGAAUCGAGUCUAGCUGCAGGAACUCCGACAAAGGAAGGUGUUAUUCAGUCGCCUGUUCAAGAUGAUCAUCAUGAGGUUGAUCAUUCUCCAGUCGAGGAACAGCCAGAACAACACGAUCACAGUCAAUCUCUAGUCAAAGUAGACUUUGAAGCUGGCUUACAAUCGCCAGUCAAAGAGCAACAAAAUGAACACGUGGCAUCACCUGUUAAAGAACAAUUUACAGCAGGUCUUACUGCAUCUGUAGAUGAACACCACGAAGGAGUCCACUCACCGGUACAAAGUCUGCCAUCGCCUGCUUUGGAACAAAAUCAAGAACUUCAAUCACCAGUAGAAGAACAACGCGGUAGCAUGCAAUUGCCUGUUAAGGAAGAAGAACAGCAGCAUGCUGAGCCUAUUUCUUCACCUGUUAAAGAAGACCACAAAGAAAUUCAGUCGCCAGUCAAAGAAGAGCACCAAACGCUUCAAUCACCAGUCAAAGAAGAGCACCAAGCGCUUCAAUCACCAGUCAAAGAAGAGCAUCAUGAAGAUUUACAUUCACCUGUUACAGACGACUUCGAACAUAUUGAAGCACCAGUUAAAGAACACCAGAACGAAAUACAAUCGCCUGUCAAAGAUGAUCCUUUUGAAAAUCUCGCUUCGCCCGUCAAAGAACAACAUCAAGAUGAUCAAUCACCUACAAAGGAACAGCACGAAGAAAUUCAGUCACCUGUCAAAGAUGAACAUACUGAAACUAUUUCGUCGCCUAUCAACGAACAAGCAAGUAGCGUUCAUUCACCAGUUGAAGAACAUCGACAACAACAAGAACAUGAAAAUCUGACCUCCCCUGUGACAGAGGAUCAUGAAGAGAUCGAAUCACCAGUUGUUGAAGAAGUUGUUUCCUCGCCUACCGAAGAGAAAUCAGUACAUGAAGAAGAAAACUUGCUAGCAUCAUCAUCUCAUACGAAUGACAAUGUUCAAUCGGAAAGCGAUGCAAAUGAAAAACAUCUUUACGAUGAAGCAUGUGAAGAAGUGAAUACUGCUGCUAACGAAUUAGCAAACAAACUUGAUCUUGUUACCUCACCUUCACCAGCAGGCACACCUGGCCAUCAGCCACCACCAGCGUUUCCGAACACAGAACCGUCCGACGAGGAAACACAAGCACCACUAGUGACGGAACAACAUGAACCUGUAGGGGAAACAGCUCCGCCUGCUACAUCACCUAAGUUGGAAUCAACUUUGCCGCUUGCUGCUUCACCAAAAACAUCUGUACCAGCAUCGCCCUCGACGGCUACUACACCCUCAACAAAGAAGACAGUAGGCACAGCUAGUGCUCCGCGAUCAAGUGCUGCAGCCAAAGCAAAAUCAUCUCUUGCGUCAUCAACUACUCCUAGUUCAAUGAGAACUGCAGAUCAUAAAUCACCGGCAACAGCUGCAGCGUCAAAAACAACAGAACAUAAAUCAACAGCAGCUGCUGCUGCAUCGAAAACUGCUGAGCAUAAACCGGCACCGUCAACUACUAAGGCUGCCGAAAUCAAAGCCCCAUCAACUGUGCGCAAAGUUCCUCAUUCGGCACCUACAGCAAGUACAACAGCUUCUCAUAAACCAAAGACUGCAACGACAUCAACAACGUCUCCUUCACAUGAAACUUCAGCUGUUCCAAAACCUACGCGUGAUGUUCCAGUCAAAUCGACAACUUCCAUAACAGCAGCUGCUGCUACUGCUGCUGCAAAACCAAAACCAGCGGUCACGUCAGCCGCAUCUGCGACACGACCAACAGUAAAAGCACCUGCGACAAAGCCAACACGACCUUCAACAAUUCAUAAAACUACGGAUGUGGCUACUUCCGAUCAACAUACAGGCACCAUUUCCACAGCACCAGACAGUAGUUCAUCGACGUCAGCAGCACAAACCACCAAGACAGGCACUCGUCCACCACUUUCGGCAGCUAAACCGCCAGCAAAGACUGCAACCAGUGGUACCACUGGUGUUUCUUCCCAUUUGACUGCAUCAACAGCCGCAUCACGUGCAGCUGCUCAUACUAGUAAGACAACGGUCUCCAAAGACCGCCCGACGUCCCAUACUCGAGUUUCAACUACACGACCAGCUACAGCGGCUAGUACAUCAACUACAGUUGACUCUAAACGCUCAACAAGUGCUAACCGUCCAACAACAUUCGAAGCUUCUUCGCGUCCAGGGCGUGAAAAUACCACGGUUGCAAAUGCUAAACCUCAAUGGAAUUCGUCAGCAUCCAAACCAACUUCGCUCCAAAGUUCUGCACAUAAAUCAGCUGCUAGUAGUGUGAAGGCACCAGUUCCAAAACAACAAUGGAAUGCUAAAGCAAAAGUAGGCUCGGGUGAUAAUGCUCAUCCUAAGCCAACUAGUAGUAGUGCGGCUAAAACUGACGCUAAAAAAGUUGAUUCUAAAGAUAAGACGAAAUCUAAAACUGAUAACACUGCUCAAGAAACAAUGGCAACAGGUAACGGUGACGAAUCACAUGCAACAGUUACUCAAUCGCAAGGCAUAGAAGUAUCCAACGAAGAUCAUGAAUCAUUAGUGGAUGAUAUAAAGAAUUGUGGAAUUGAUCCACCAGCUCGAAAUGCUGCAUGGCGCUAUGGUUUUGCCGUUCCUGCUAAUUACGAUGACGUAGGACUAAAUUGCGGUGGACUAGGUGUUCAAAAGACAAAUGGAGGGAAAUGUGGAGUAUGUGGUGAUUCUUACACAGGUCCACGGCACCAUGAAACAGGUGGCAAAUAUGCUACCAAUACAAUUGUACGACAUUUUGUUUCGGGUGCGCUGAUUGACAUCAAAAUUUUGUUAUCUGCCAAUCAUAACGGUUUCAUGGAAUUUCGUUUAUGUCCAGCAACCAAUUCGGAUGUUGAAGUUACACAAGAAUGUCUUGAUCAACAUCUAUUACAAAUCGAAGGAUUUGGCACUCAAUAUCCUAUUAGUCAAGGAACAGAUAUAAUCUAUUUACGAGCUCAAUUACCACGCGGCUUAUCGUGUACAAGAUGUGUGUUACAAUGGCGAUAUCAUGCAGGUAACAAUUGGGGCAAAAACAUACAAACUGGGCAAACAUGUCUAGGCUGUGGUCCUCAAGAAGAGUUCUACAAUUGUGCUGAUAUCAGCAUCACUUCGAAAGAUAAGAGUUAUGUCCGUCCACGUUUGACGACUACUCGACCUGACCAUUCGUUAAUGCAUCCUCUCAUUUUACCACUUGUUCUUGCACCAUCACCGAUCGUUAUUCGUCCAAGAACAACAACUGAAUCUAUAUUUCCAAUCUAUGCAUCAGAAGAUUCACUGAAUCUAUUCGAGAAAAAGAAGAAAUCUAUUCAUUGUUAUCCAACAAAUGAAGUGCUGAAACCAUUGCUCGGCAUCGAAAAUUGGUGUCUACAAUUAUGCGUUAGAGACUGUCCUCCGAAUCUAUGUAUAUGUGUCGAAAUGUAA